GGAAGAUAAAAACAAGGGUCCAGAGGAUGAAGAAGAAGGAGGGGCUCGUCCGGGUAGUAGUGGAGAAAGUAACGCUGAAGAUGAAGAUCACACUUGUGGUCGGCGUGAAGAAGAGGUGACUCGUCCUAAAGAAGGUCGUCUGCAAGACAGCACAUUAGCAGAUGAGACGCCCUCCACGACGGAUAAUGAAGACCACAACGAGCAGCUUCAAGAAAGGCCUUCCGCAUUAUCUCCGACUCAGAAAAAAG